AAUUCUACCCAGUUCAAACUCCUGCUGAUGAAUUGACGGGACUUGAUAGCGAGAAGAGAAGUUCAAAUACACAAGGAGAGAAAAGAAUUAUGCAAGCUACAGCACCACCAUUCGUACCUUCCUCUACCACCCGACCGUCCGAUCUCUCCACUACGAAAGAGAUUAUUAUGACUACGUCUUUUCCUUCAGCAUCAAACGCAAAUCAUACGGUUACGUCGAGCACGGUGCAUGGAGUGUAUGAUCUGAAGCUGGUGAGGGACCUAGAGGGGUUAUUGAAUGUCGAAACUGCUCAAACGAGAUUAAGGAGGAUAGCUGGCAGAGCUCAGAACCCAAAACCCUUCAACCCCAUAUGUUCAUAUACCACCCUCAGCGCUUGCAAACAACACCGACAAAAUUGCGAGAAAGUACAUUACGAGCCUAUCAUUCGACCAUGGACAGAUCCAUCCUUGGGCUACUGUUCGUACCUCAACCUCUGUUAUGGAGACCCAAUGUUCGCUUCGAACCCUUCACUCGGAGACGGACCAGGUCCAAGAGGGGGUAAGGAAUGUCGAUAUUUACAUUUCCAAGUGGUACCCACUACCUCGAGUCAUCCUAUCCACCCGCCUGAUCAACCUCCAUUGCCGAAGAUCAUACGUGAAAGGUUAUUACCGAAUAUCGAAGUGAAAGGUGUAUCAGAAGCACAAUGGAUUCACUGCGAUAUUCGAUCUUUUGAUUAUUCCUUACUUGGACAAUUUCAGGUUAUCGUUGCUGAUCCACCAUGGGAUAUUCACAUGUCGCUGCCAUAUGGAACAAUGACAGAUGACGAGAUGCGUCGUCUCCCAUUACCUUCUCUUCAACCGGACUGGGGUAUCUUAGCGCUCUGGGUGACGGGUCGGGCAAUGGAAUUAGGAAGAGAAUUGAUCUCUCUUUGGGGCUACAAAAGGGUAGAUGAGUUAGUAUGGGUGAAGACCAACCAAUUACAGAGGUUGAUACGAACUGGACGUACCGGUCAUUGGCUCAAUCAUACAUGCGAACAUCUCCUUCUAGCUGUCAAACUACCUCCUGAUCAUCCUCCUAAUUUCCCAAUCCCAUGGCAAACUUCCCCUGCCCUUCGCGCCCUGCGCAGAGGAGUCGAUACGGACGUCGUCGUUGCUGAAGUCCGGGAGACUAGUCGGAAGCCUGAUGAGGUUUAUGGGGUUUUGGAACGAUUAGCACCUCAUGGGAGAAAGUUGGAAUUGUUUGGUAGGAAACAUAAUAUUCGUCCAGGUUGGUUGACAUUGGGUAAUCAACUGGGAGAAUCUCAAAUUGCUGAACCUGAUCUUCAUGCGCGAUUACGACAAAGAUAUCCACAACAACCAUUCCAUCUCAUUCAUUCCGAUGUGGACAUGAAAUAAGGUUCAUAAACCAUGUAUUAUACCAAUACUUGUACAUUUGUUGUAUGACAAGAUGAUGCAUAUGCAAAGUGCUACA